GAGCCAGAUGCGCUGGCAUGGGGAGACUUACUGCCUGGUUGGUGGCUACCGGGCCUAUGGGGAUGCUCCCGUUGCCACCCCUGCAAAGGCCAAGGAAGAGGAGCCAGCACCCAGGCAGGCUUCCAAGAGACGUCGAGCUCAGGAAGAGUCCCACAGAGAUGGAGGGUGCCCAAGCCCCAAAAUUCCUCGCCUGAGGCGUGGCAGCAAGAGGCGCGCCCAGAGAAGCUUGCUGGUUGGGCAUCUCGGUGGCGAGGACAAGCCUCGAGCUGCUGAGACCGCUCAGGCCCCUUCAGCACUGACCACUGCCCCUCUGGGACAUGACCUGAGCUCUCCUGACAAGAUGUACCUGAAACAAUGUGUGGUUACAAAAGCAGCUCCAACAGGCUGCAGCAUGAAGCUCGCCAGCCUCGAAGGUGGCCCGGUGUUCGGCCUACUGAGUUCGCUGUUUGUGCUGCUGCCGCCGCCCUCACCGAGGGUAACCUGGGCGCAGACCACCCCCGGCACCCCCAGCGUCGGGGCCCAGCCAGGCAUCCCCAAUGCCCCAGACCUCCGAGAGCGAGCGCGGGCCCUGAUGCAACAUUUCCCCCUUGUGGAUGGCCACAAUGACCUGCCCCUGAUUGUGAGGCAGUUUUACCAGAAUGGGCUACAGAAUGCUAACCUGCGAAAUUUCAACCGUGGUCAAACCAGCCUGGACAGGCUUAGAAAUGGCCUCGUGGGUGCCCAGUUCUGGUCAGCCUAUGUCCCAUGCCAGACUCAGGACCGGGAUGCAGUGCGCCUCACAAUGGAACAGAUUGACCUCAUUCACCGCAUAUGUGCCUCCUAUUCUGAGCUGGAACUUGUGACAUCAGUUAAAGCUCUGAACAGCACCCAGAAACUGGCCUGUCUCAUUGGUGUGGAGGGUGGCCACUCACUAGACAACAGUCUCUCUGUGCUUCGGAGUUUCUACCUGCUGGGAGUGCGCUACCUGACCCUCACCCACACCUGCAACACACCCUGGGCAGAGAGCUCAACUAAAGACAUCCACGCAUUCUACAACAAUGUCCGUGGGCUGACCAGCUUUGGUGAGAAGGUGGUGGCAGAAAUGAAUCGCUUGGGCAUGAUGGUUGACUUGUCCCAUGUCUCAGAUGCUGUGGCACGGCGAGCCCUAGAAGUGUCACAGGCACCCGUGAUCUUCUCCCACUCAGCUGCCCGGAGUGUGUGCAAAAAUGCUCGGAAUCUUCCUGAUGACAUCCUGAAGCUUCUGAAGAAGAACGGUGGCAUUGUGAUGGUGUCCUUGUCUGUAGGAGUGCUCCAGUGCAACCUGUUAGCCAACGUGUCCACAGUAGCAGAUCACUUCGACCACAUCAAGACGGUCAUCGGAUCUGAAUUCAUCGGGAUUGGUGGAGAUUAUGAUGGCACCAGCCAGUUCCCCCAGGGGCUGGAGGACGUGUCCACAUACCCAGUGCUCAUAGAAGAGUUGCUGAGACGGGGCUGGAGUGAGGAAGAGCUUCAAGGUGUCCUUCGAGGAAACCUGCUAAGGGUCUUUGGACAAGUGGAACAGGUACGGGAGGAAAAGAAAUGGCAAAGCCCCCUGGAGGACAUGAUCCCAGAGGAGCAGCUGGACGGUGCUUGCCACUCUGUCCUGCAACAUCUGCAUCAGAAACAGUACCAAGACCAAAAACUUAGAGAGAUCCCAACACAUCAGUCACUCCUAAAGUUGUCACCUAAGGGGUCAUCAAAAUCUUCUCUCCACAUAGUCCCAACUCCCGCCAUUAUUACCACCUUUCCAGUCCUUGCUUUGUGGCUUUGGUGACCCAGUAAGUCCUGCCAGAUAUGUUUCUGACACUC